CUUUUUUCGAACAAAGCUUGUAUGUUACACUGUGCCUCAAUUGACAUGCUGUAAUGUAACAAAUAAAACUACACGUACUGGAUACACUGGCCGCCUUGUUGCUUUAGAUGUUAUCUCUCUUACCUGCAGUAGGUGGUGACACCUGUUGCACCAGGUAGCUUAACAAUUCUGUACGCUAAUAUUUACGGAAGUACAUGCUUGAGCAUGUUGGCUACUCCGUUGACAUCGAUUUUCGUCAUGUUGAAGAAAUGUAUUUUACAUUGAAAGCUUUUGGUGCCAUAGGCCUAUGUGUAUUCGAAAUGUAAUUAACGAACGAGCGUUCCUCGCCUAAAUGCUGCUUCAGGAAGUGAAAUGGUCUGUAUGCUUCUUUUGAGUUUGUGUGGUAGAGACAAAUAAUAUAAUGGAGGAUCUGGCUUUGUUAGACUUGCUGGAAUGUCCUCUUUGUCUCGAACCCCUCGACGUGACAGCCAAGGUACUGCCGUGCCAGCACACGUUCUGCAAGCCGUGUCUUCAGCGUCAAGAACAGUCAUCGCGCUCGGGCUUGCGCUGCCCGGAGUGUCGGUCUCCUGUAGCGCGGGCAGUGGAGGAGCUGCCCACUAAUCUGCUGUUAGUCAGACUUCUGGAGGGGUUUCAGCAUGGACCACUAGGAGCAGGAACAGACAAGGGACACGUGGACUGCGUCCCACGGCAAGGGGGCCGGGACACGCAGUCACACCAAUACACGCAAGAGCUGGAAUCUGACAGGGUGAGUGUCUACUCAAGAAUCAGCAGCAGCAACCAACAACACGAUAAAUCUAAAUCUGGAGAUCGCAACAUGAAACCUGGCGAUGUCAUGGGUGUGGGCAGAAAGGAGGAUGAGAACAGGCGUUAUGCCGAUGUUAAGGCGGGCGGUGGCCUUCAGCUUGAUAACAACAUGCAGCAGCAGUUGCCCCUAUGCACAGCCCUGUGUGACUUUGGCGUGACAGACCUGGACCCACGGGACUUCAAAGAUUGCUUGACCUUCCUCAAGGGAGAUGUCAUUACGGUCAUUCAACGAGUGGAUGACAACUGGGUCGAAGGGCACUUAGAGGAUAAAGUUGGGAUAUUUCCUCUGCAGUUCACAGAGCUCAACUCCGUGGCGAGCCGGCUCCUGGAGAGGCGGAGGGAGCAGGAAUACUCGUCGGCGGACUCGUGGGCUCAGAUUGGGCGGAGGAAAAGCGGUGGCGGUGACGGGCACGGGCACGAACGUGGAGCGACAACCAGCGCGUCCGUCCAACGCCAAGCCUCGCUGUUGGCUCAGCGCAGAGCAUCUGCUGCGGGGCCCUCCCGUGCCACCCUCCUCAACAGCCUGAACCGGCCUUCAGCGGGCACCGGCGCUGCCGCCUACGCCCAGCAGCCGUUGGCCCCUAAAACGGGCCCUGCCCCCGCCGCGGCCGCCACCCUCGUCUCGGCACCUGCCAAGCUGCACAGGGCGGUCCACGGGUCCAAACACCGCCGCUCCAGCAGCCUUCACAGAGGCCAGCGUCAGACUGACAGGAAGAUGAACACUCCCUCGACCGUCACCAUGGCGCUGAUGGACCCGCAGGACCACACAUCCCUGUCAGACAAGCAGUCACCCACUCAGCAGCUCUCCAUCAGCGUGUGCGCCGCGCUGUACUCCUACAAGCCGCAGCGCUUCGAGGAGCUGGAGCUGUGCAAAGGUGAGAUGGUGGGCGUCUACGGCAAGUUCAAGGAAGGCUGGCUGCAGGGGCUCUCGCUGCGGUCGGGCAAAGUGGGCAUUCUGCCCAGCAACUACGUCACCCCCGUCCUCAGAACUUCGGCGAGGUUUGUGGAGUCCAAGUCCACCCCGUCGUCGGUCAGCACGGGGGCGGGAAAGAGGCAUGGCGCCCAGAAGCCUCUGAGCGCGGUCCUGGAUCAGGUCAACAACGCCAACGGAAUGAUGUCGGCAGCCGCUGGACAGGGGCAUACGGUCGCCCUGGCAACCCAGCCGGUGAUGUCAUCUCACGGAGUGUCGAGAAGCGCGCACUCGGGGGCCAAGCACAGCUGGGAGAUUGUGAGGCGUGCCUUUCAUUCCACACACAAAGGUUCAGUUCGGCGAGGAAACCAUCAAUCCCACCUGACUCCAAGCCUCCAGCCUCCGUCUACGGACCUGGGCCAGAUUUACAGCUAUGGCCGCUCACCUGUGCUGCCCAGGAAGAGGAACGGCCUCUUCUCCAACCCCAUGCGGCCGCAGCAGUGCUGGACCACUGACACACUACCGCCCUCUGGUGGAGGCUACCAGACAGUGUACAGGGACGCUUUCCACAAAGAGGCCUCAUCAGGGCCCCUCCACUCCAUCUUGGUGAAGCCAGACUCAAACAAGUACAACACAGACAAGCCUGUGAAAACGGUGCGGUUCCUGACAGAGGAGACACCCCAGCUGGGGUCAUGGACGACCCCCCUGAGCUCUGGGAGGCAGCUGUACUCUGGGUCCCAGUCCAGCCCUCCUAUCAUGGAGCUGUGGAACCCUUCAGCCAUUCUGGGUCGAGAUGGGAACAGCUCUGUGCUCAAAGACAUCAAGACCAGCUCGCUGAAAAAGAGCUUCGGCCUGGACCACGCCUAUGGAGACGGCUCUCCAUUCAGUUUGAAGUCAUCUGUUGGCCUUAACAGUCCAAGCAGACACAGAGUAGUUAUUGGCUAUUCUGCCAGGACUGAUGCUGAGAUUAACCUAUCAGAAGGGGAGAUGGUUCUGGUCCAGAGGCCUCGUCUGGACGGACGGAUUCUGGUGACGCAGGAAACCACGGGGAGAACAGGCCUCUUCCAGGGCACAGUUUUGGGAUGCCUUGAAAAAUUGAUGUGACAUUGUCCAUAGUAAAUAUAUACUGCAUUUUCCCUCGAGGAAACAAAUGUACUGCCAAAUGUCUAGCUUAUGAGCAUAUGUUCAUAUCAAUGCACUUCUGAUGCAUUACUGUUUUGACGACCUGUUCUAAGGUACCACAAAAGCAAUAUGACUCCUGGACCUGGCACUAUCCUUGGGGUUUAUUUUCCUAAGCGUGUAACACCUACUGACAUGCCUGUGCCUUCAAGGUGGCUUUGCUAAUGAGAUUAAUGUAAAUGGAUAUGUUGACAGAAACAGAGACCAGAGAGGUAAAACACCACUGCAAAACAGAAGUGAAUUUAUUUAUUGUUAAAUAUAAACAAAUACAUUCAUGUGGUGUUUCUUUAAAACCAGGUAGUGUUUUCUUCACCUGAUUUUUUUUUUGCAUAGACACAGAGGUGGUCCUCUCCCACAGUGCAUCCAUCUGUUUUAGGCUGCACAGUCUCAGUGAGUGUUGUGCUCACCCCUUGUAAGUGGUGAAAAUGUGCUUUUGUUUUCCAGCCAACCAAACCUGUGCACUUGUAAUGAUUGCAAAACGAUGUAAUAAAACAUGGGUUUAACCUUUUA